AUGUACUUUGGAUCUAAAUACGUUUAUAAAUAUGAACAUUCAUCUGAUGAAUCAAUAUCUGAUGAUGAAGCUGAAUCUUUCAGCAAUGACAACUUAUUGAGCAUAGGAUCAAGUUCAAAUCGCGAGGAGAUCGCAGAACGAGCAUUAGCUGUGCCUAGUGCUGCUGCUGUUGUAUCUUCGACUGUUCAUAAACGUAAAAAACGUUUACGAAAAGCUGACACAAAUGUACUUAGUGUAAAAUUUGAUCGAUUACUUCAACCCGGUGAAAUGCAUGCUGGUGAUCCAGUUUAUUGUGUUGAUUGCGGUGCGAUCGCUUCCCAUCUAAGUAAAAUUCAAAAUGAAGAAAGUCAAGAAUCAAAAUGGCAAUGUGAAUUUUGUCCAAAAUUAAAUACAGUUGAUAUUGAACAAACUGAUUUACCGAAAAAAGAAGAUGCAACAUAUUUAAUUUCACCAGCACCUGUUGUUCAUGGUUCAGAUAUGACUGGUGUUGAUGAUUCAAUUGUUAUUUUUUUAAUUGAUAUUAGUGGUUCAAUGUCAUCAACAACAUUAGUACCAGGUACAUUUAAUUUACCAAAUGCACUUCGAGAACAAGAACGUGCUGCAGCUAAUUUUGAUGGAGCACCUUUGAUUCGACAACGUAAUCAAACAUAUGUGUCACGUUUACAAGGAGUACAAAUGGCUGUCGAUGCUAAUUUGGAUAAACUUGUUAAAGAUACACCAACACGACGUGCGGCUUUAUUAACAUUUAAUCAUGAAAUAACUUAUUAUGGUGAUGGUACAAGAGACGAACCAUUAGUUAUACGUGGUGAUAAGUUAAAUAGUGCUGAUGAUUUAAUACGUGAAGCUGAGCGUGAAUUAAAUAAAGAAUUAAAACCUGUUUCACAAACAAAAACAAAUCUUACGGCACGCGUGUAUGAUCUUGAAGAAGGUGGCCAAACAGCACUUGGUCCAGCUGUUAUGUUUGCACUUAAUAUUGCAGCACAACGAAAAGGAUCAAAAAUUGUUAUUUGCACUGAUGGUUUAGCUAAUCGUGGUUUGGGAAGUUUAGAAACGGCGCAAGAUGAGAGAGCUGAUGAAGCUGUUAAAAUGGAAGCACUUGCCGAAGGAAAUCGAUUUUAUACUGGAUUAACGGAACGUGCUAGAGAAAAAGGCAUUAGCAUUUCAGUUAUUACUCUUGCAGGUACUGCUUGUUUACUUCCUGUCAUUGGACAAAUGGCUGAUGGUACAAGUGGCAAUGUAACAAUUGUUGAUUUAUUAAAUAUACGUGAUGAAUUUGCGUCAAUACUUGAACAAAAAGUCAUUGCAACUAAUGUUGAAGCAACAUUAAUUGUUCAUCGUGGUUUAUAUAUACGUGAUCCUGAUAAUCCAGACGGUAAACUUGAUAAAAUAAAACGUGAUAUCGGUAAUGUGACCAAACAAACUGAAGUAUCAUUUGAAUUUGGUAUUCGAAAUAAACAAGAAUUAAAAGACAAAUAUAAUAUUGAUCUAGAUGAAAUAAGACAAUUACCAUUUCAAGUACAAGUUAUUUAUACAACUACUGAUGGUAGUAAAGCAUUACGUGUGUUAACACAAUUAAAAGAAACAACAGAAAAUCGAGAAAUAGCUGAAGUAAAUGCUUAUCGUGGUGUCAUUGCUGAUAAUCACAUUCGAAGUACAGCCGCUCAAAUGAUGUUAUCACUCGAUGAUGAAGAGGAAGAUGAUGAGGCACCACGUGCAAGUUCCAAAUGGUCAAAACCUAUCAUGCAAAAACAACGUUUAGCUUAUAUGGAAAAUCUUAAUAUGAAAAAACGUGUCGAUAAUUAUGAAGAUAAUGACAGAUUUAAUGAGAAACGAUGGAAGAAAACAAGUGAUGUAUUAAAUGAACAUGUUGUUUCAUCAAAACCAAAGAAAAGUUCGGCAUCAAAAGUAUCUUCCAGAUCAAACGAAAGUAAUUCUAUAUUCGGUCGAUUAUCACGUAUAGUAUCCGGUGCAACCAGUGAAACACCGUCGGAAACUGCAGCUAGUCCUACUGCAACAGCAAAUGCUCCAAAACGAAGUUAUGGUUUUGCAACAAAAAAACUUGGUCUUUAUUCUGAUAAAAAGUCCGAAGAUCUUUAUAAAUUUAAGAAUAUAUCAUCAAGUUAUAUGCGUUCAUCAAGUCCAACACGUAAUGACGAUGAAUCAGAAGAUGAAUCAAAGACUGGUUCAUCUACAGUUAAUAAAACAGAUGAUGAUGAUAAAGAAAAAUCAGAAUCAUCUAAAAAUCGACAUAAGUCAAAAAAAUAA